UUAAAUAUUAAAUAUUUAUUUUAAAAAACAAAGUAGAAACAGACAUUUCAUGUUGCUUUAAGCCUGUGCUAUUUUCAGUACUAGAAAAAUGCUAUGAAUGUCAAACUGCAGAAAUGUUUCCUCUCUAACCUGGAAAAGAACAUGUCCUGACAUGGGAAUGUACUCAAAAUGCAGCAGUUCUGUGAUAUGGUGCAGUAGUCUGGCUUGUGUACAUGGACCAUGUCUAGGAAACUCUUUUGUUGGUUACUUGUCUGUUCUUGGUGGAUCUACAUGGCCUCAAUUGUGUGUGUUGUGUAUGUACAUCUAGUGUGGGUGUGUAUAUUUGUGCAAACUGUGACAUGGCCCUCAAAAUGUCAGUGUGAAUACCUCAGGGCUGCUUUGAGGAGUGUAACAUGCCUUUAAUGAUAGCCAUGGGUUAGAAGUUCAAUUUUGUCCUUGUCUUGUCUCUGCACCAAUCAUAAAUCUGCUGACACAUGUUCCUGUUCUUCUACGGAAGAUAAACAGAAUAGGUUAGCAUUUCAACAAUGGGUACUGCUGAGUGGACACAGUUGUACGAGUGGGUUGGAGAAGGUAAAGGGCUACUUCUAAAGAAGCGUUUGAAACAAAUCCAAACAAAAUGUUAUUGUAGUUUGGGUGACCUCCAGAUAAAAGUGUGAAUGCUGUUUGAUCAGCUCUCCCGCAAAUGCUCUUAACAGAAGAACAUAUUACAUGUGACAGGCAGUCUUAAAGGCUACAGCGGUAAAAUGUAAUGUAAGAGAGUAUGAGGAUGUUUUUGAUGUAUCUUUAUUUAUAUAUUUUUUGUAUUCUUCCAUUGUGACUAGUUUUUCUCAUCCCUCUUUCCUCUUGCCCACUCCUCCCCUAGAAAGGAAAUCCUGUCCCCUCCUCCAUCUGGGUUGUGCUGAUUCAGUGUGUAUAUAUGUAUGUUUGUGUGUAAAUUCACAAAUCAAAGUAGAGCAGAAAAAAAACUAUUGCUCAUUGGACGCAUAUGCCCGUACACAGUUGAUAGAUUUUUCGUCCCACUUUACUGAUCUCAUCUUUUGUACAGCUCGCUGCUCCUCAAGUCAUGGAUGACCACCACAACUUCUCCUAUUUUGAUGAUAAUUACACGGACCUGUACUGGUUCCUCCAUGACUGCCAUGUGGAGCUGGAUUAUGUCUCGCGGCGCAUUGCUGUCUUCCUGCUCUAUCUGGUAUUUUUCAUCCUGGGCCUGGUUUUGAACUGCAUGGUGGUGUGGGUCAACUGGCGUCGGCGAUACAGCAGCAAUGGUGUGGUCUUUUGUGUGCUCAACAUGGCCAUCUCGGACAUGAUGAUGAUGACAGUGGUGCCUUUCUUCAUGCUUGGGGCUGUUAUGGAUCAUGUGUGGCUGUGGGGCCACUUCCUGUGCCAGUUCACCAACUUGGUCUUUGUGAUAGCUUUCUACAGCAGCUCGCUCUUCCUGGCCUACAUGACAGUAGAGCGCUACCUGGCUGUGGUUAAGACAGGGCCACGACCCUGGGGGCCCACGGAGAAGCGGAAGAGAGGCCUAAUAUGUGCAGCUCUGUGGAUCCUGUCUUUUGUCCUGGCAGUUAUGGAAGGCUCCCAUGUGCGGCUGCUGGAGUGGGAUGAGCCAGGAUGCUACUUCUACCCUGUACAUAACUUUGUUGGUUGGUUCACUGCAUUCACCUUCUCCUCUUUAAUCCUCCAGUUCCUGGGCCCAGGGGCUGUCAUUGUGACCUUUAACCUGCUGACCCUGCGAGUGGUACGUGGGUACCCUGAGGCCCGGGAUCAUUGGCGGAGGGACCUCUGGUUGGUCCAUGUCUACUCUCUGGUGUUUGUGAUUUGCUGGCUGCCCUUUCACAUAGAUGUGAUGCUUUUGCUGCUUGACAGCCUGGAGCCACGUCUGCUGAGCUGCACAGAUGUGGAGCACAUCCACUUUGCCUAUGCUGUCACCCAAUGCCUGUCACUCUUCCACUGCGUGGCCAAUCCCAUUCUCUACAACUUUCUCAGCAGGAAGUUUCGCAAGCAGUUGUUUGCUGCUGUGGCUCAUCACCUGCAAAGACAAGCUAUGCUGGAAGGAGGGGCUGAAAAUCAUGCAAAACGUGUAGUGGGAGGGAGAAAUGGGGAAAAACAGGGCAGAUGUUCCAAUGAGAAAGCACAAGAGAUUAGUGACAACAACACUAGUCAAUCAGAUGUGUAGAUUUUCAAACAGUAAAAAAACUAUAUAUCAGGAGGAAAUAAUUUACCCAAUUCAAGUCUUGAAAUGUCGUUUUGUGAGAUUUUAUUCCUCCCCAAAGAAUGUGCAUAAUGGAAUGAACUAUCCACUACACUUUUCUCCUGGUAUGCACUUCCUGUUUUUUCCUGUAGCCAACAUUAAAGUGUGCAGUUCCAGGAAGGAAAGAUUUUCCAUGUAGUGUCCUUAAAGUUACACAUCCUAAAGUAUAGCAUGUGUACUAUGUCUGUUAAAUAAUCUAUCUAUAUAUAUAAUACAAAUUGUAUUGUACAAUUGGAUGUUUUACUUAUUAUUUUUAUUCAAAAUGUAUUGAUUGUAUUACUAAAUGUUUUAUAGCAAAUUUACUCAAAUAAGUCUAGUUAAUAUCUUGUUGGUGAAAUCUCUCUCCAAUAAGCCACAUGGAGGGCUCAUGACAGCAUGCAUUCAUAAUAUCAACCAGUAAUCAUUUAUAUAACGCUGAACAUACAUUUCACAACAUGUGUAUGCUCUCAAGAUAAAUGUUUAGGAACUCUAUGCUUUCUGAUUUUUAAAUAAAUCUUUUUCAAAUCUUUGAAAAAA